GAGGGGAACUGAGACGACCUUUCGUGGGCACCAGAAUGGGGCCGCUGCUCAGCCAGCCGCGCUCUGCCCUGGCGGGGACGUGGGAAUUCAGAGAGUCAGGGAAGCACCGAUGCGAGGCUCCGAAAAGCAGAUAAGGAGCUCAAAGUCAGUCCAGGGCGGGAUGACACUCACUGAUUCUAAAGCAUCUGUGAUCUGCCAGGAAGAAGAGCUUUUGCUGGUCUUUCUUGGACCAUUCCAGAGAGGACAGUUGGCCUCCGAGAAGUGACAGAGCAGGAUGCCCCCUGGGGUUGACUGCCCCAUGGAGUUCUGGACCAAGGAGGAGAACCAGAGCGUGGUGGUUGACUUCCUGCUGCCCACAGGGGUCUACUUGAACUUCCCCGUGUCCUGCAAUGCCAACCUCAGCACCAUCAAGCAGUUGCUGUGGCACCGCGCCCAGUAUGAGCCGCUCUUCCACAUGCUCAGCGGCCCCGAGGCCUACGUGUUCACCUGCGUCAACCAGACGGCGGAGCAGCAGGAGCUGGAGGACGAGCAGCGGCGGCUGUGUGACGUGCAGCCCUUCCUGCCUGUUCUGCGCCUGGUGGCCCGCGAGGGCGACCGCGUGAAGAAGCUCAUCAACUCGCAGAUCAGCCUUCUGAUUGGCAAAGGCCUCCACGAGUUCGACUCCCUGCGGGACCCAGAGGUGAACGACUUCCGCACCAAGAUGCGCCAGUUCUGCGAGGAGGCGGCCGCCCGCCGGCAGCAGCUGGGCUGGGAGGCCUGGCUGCAGUACAGCUUCCCCCUGCAGCUGGAGCCCUCAGCGCGCAGCUGGGGGGCUGGCACCCUGCGGCUCCCCAACCGGGCCUUCCUGGUCAAUGUCAAGUUCGAGGGCAGUGAGGAGAGCUUCACCUUCCAGGUGUCCACCAAGGAUGCGCCCCUGGCACUGAUGGCCUGUGCCCUUCGGAAGAAGGCCACGGUGUUCCGGCAGCCCCUGGUGGAGCAGCCCGAGGACUAUGCGCUGCAGGUGAACGGCAGGCACGAGUACCUGUACGGCAGCCACCUGCUCUGCCAGUUCCAGUACAUCUGCAGCUGUCUGCACAGCGGGCUGACCCCCCACCUGACCAUGGUCCACUCCUCCUCCAUCCUUGCCAUGCGGGACGAGCAGAGCAACCCCGCCCCCCAGGGCCAGAAACCUCGCACCAAACCGCCCCCCAUUCCCGUGAAGAAGCCCUCCUCGGUGUCCCUGUGGUCCCUGGAGCAGCCGUUCUGCAUCGAGCUGAUCCAGGGCAGCAAAGUGAACGCAGACGAGCGCAUGAAGCUGGUGGUGCAGGCCGGGCUCUUCCACGGCAACGAGAUGCUGUGCAAGACGGUGUCCAGCUCGGAGGUGAGCGUGUGCUCGGAGCCCGUGUGGAAGCAGCGGCUGGAGUUCGACAUCAACAUCUGCGACCUGCCACGCAUGGCCCGUCUCUGCUUUGCCCUCUACGCCGUGAUCGAGAAGGCCAAGAAGGCUCGUUCCACCAAGAAGAAGUCCAAGAAGGCGGACUGCCCCAUCGCCUGGGCCAACCUCAUGCUGUUUGACUACAAGGACCAGCUCAAGACCGGGGAGCGCUGCCUCUACAUGUGGCCCUCUGUCCCAGAUGAGAAAGGGGAGCUGCUGAACCCCACGGGGACUGUGCGCGGCAACCCCAACACGGAGAGCGCCGCGGCCUUGGUCAUCUGCCUGCCCGAGGUGGCCCCCCACCCUGUGUACUACCCCGCCCUGGAGAAGAUCCUGGAGCUGGGGCGGCACAGCGAAUGCGGACGCGUCACCGAGGAGGAGCAACUGCAGCUGCGGGAGAUCCUGGAGCGGCGGGGCUCCGGGGAGCUGUACGAGCACGAGAAGGACCUGGUGUGGAAGCUGCGGCACGAGGUCCAGGAACACUUCCCGGAGGCACUGGCCCGGUUGCUGCUGGUCACCAAGUGGAACAAGCACGAGGAUGUGGCCCAGAUGCUCUACCUGCUGUGCUCCUGGCCUGAGCUGCCGGUCCUGAGUGCCCUGGAGCUGCUGGACUUCAGCUUCCCUGACUGCCACGUGGGCUCCUUCGCCAUCAAGUCCCUGCGGAAACUGACCGACGACGAGCUGUUCCAGUACCUGCUGCAGCUGGUGCAGGUGCUCAAGUACGAGUCCUACCUGGACUGCGAGCUGACCAGGUUCUUGCUGGACCGGGCCCUGGCCAACCGCAGGAUCGGCCACUUCCUCUUCUGGCACCUCCGCUCUGAGAUGCACGUGCCGUCGGUGGCGUUGCGCUUCGGUCUCAUCCUGGAGGCCUACUGCAGGGGCAGCACCCACCACAUGAAGGUGCUGAUGAAGCAGGGGGAAGCACUGAGCAAACUGAAGGCCCUGAACGACUUCGUCAAGGCGAGCUCCCAGAAGACCACCAAGCCCCAGACCAAGGAGAUGAUGCACGUGUGCAUGCGCCAGGAGGCCUACCUGGAGGCCCUCUCCCACCUGCAGUCCCCGCUCGACCCCAGCACCCUGCUGGCUGAAGUCUGCGUGGAGCAGUGCACGUUCAUGGACUCCAAGAUGAAGCCCCUGUGGAUCAUGUACAGCAACGAGCAGGCGGGCGGCAACGGCUGCGUGGGCAUCAUCUUCAAGAACGGGGAUGACCUCCGGCAGGACAUGCUGACCCUGCAGAUGAUCCAGCUCAUGGAUGUGCUGUGGAAGCAGGAGGGGCUGGACCUAAGGAUGACACCCUACGGCUGCCUCCCCACCGGGGACCGCACAGGCCUCAUUGAGGUGGUGCUUCGCUCAGACACCAUCGCCAACAUCCAGCUGAACAAGAGCAACAUGGCGGCCACAGCCGCCUUCAACAAGGACGCCCUGCUCAACUGGCUCAAGUCCAAGAACCCGGGGGAGGCCCUGGAUCGAGCCAUCGAGGAGUUCACCCUCUCGUGCGCUGGGUAUUGCGUGGCCACAUACGUGCUGGGCAUCGGCGAUCGGCACAGUGACAACAUCAUGAUCCGCGAGAGUGGGCAGCUGUUCCACAUUGAUUUUGGCCACUUUUUGGGGAAUUUCAAGACCAAGUUUGGAAUCAACCGUGAGCGAGUCCCUUUCAUCCUCACCUAUGACUUUGUCCAUGUGAUUCAGCAGGGGAAGACUAACAACAGUGAGAAAUUUGAAAGGUUCCGGGGCUACUGCGAGAGAGCCUACACCAUCCUGCGGCGCCACGGACUCCUCUUCCUCCACCUCUUUGCCCUGAUGCGGGCGGCAGGCCUGCCGGAGCUCAGCUGCUCUAAAGACAUCCAGUAUCUCAAGGACUCUCUGGCGCUGGGAAAAACAGAGGAGGAGGCGCUAAAGCACUUCCGGGUGAAGUUUAACGAAGCCCUCCGGGAGAGCUGGAAAACCAAAGUGAACUGGCUGGCCCACAACGUGUCCAAAGAUAACAGGCAGUAGCGGCCGCAGCCCUGGGCCCCACCAGGGCGAGGCAACCUCCGCCCUGGGGAGCCGGGCACCGCCCGUCGUCCUGGAAGGGCCAAAGCUUGAACUGUACCUCGUGGGAAGGAACCUACACAACUGCCUUUUGUUUACACUGGUUAUUUAUUUAUGACUUGAAAUGUUUAAGGAACUAAAUAGCCAUAAACGGAAAUGCAACCUUUGUGCAGGAGAGGGGUGCUGUCCAGCGUCCUCCAGAGCACUGGGCUUUGACAAGACGACACCAGGCUCCUCGAGGCUGCACUUUGCUCUUAGCUGAGGAUUGUCACCAAGUCUUCCAGCUGUGCGUCUGGGCCCAGCAGAGACUGUCUCCUGGGGGAACCUUCUUCCCAGCCGCCAUGCCAGGCUGCCUGGUCAUGGCCCUGGCCGUCACCUGGUGCCUGCUGUCCAGAUAGGACACGUCAAUCCUCAGUUCACCCCCUGCUGCCUCGGUGGGACCCUCCGGGAGCGUCCCUCACGACUGAGUCCUGGCAGCUCUGAGGAAGCCUGGGUGCCCUCCUAUUCAGGGACGUUUGCUCUUGCUGGUCACUGCUAAAGUGACUCUCGGGUACGGGGAUUCCCUCACCUCUACUGUAAAGUGAUUUCGUUUGCGGGUCAGAAAAUAACAACAGCCCAAUGCCUCACUGCACCUCCACAGCUUGGGAGAGCGGGCCCAGCCCCAUAAAGGCUGUAUCCACUGGCCCUCGGGAUGAGAGAGAGACUCGGCUUGACUUAGCUCAUCCUGGAGCAGCACUUCGUGCAAUUACCUGUAAGCUGCCUCCAAAGCAGGUUUUCAUGGAGGACCAGACCUCUUGCAGAACUGUCGCCUCUGGGGACGGCUGUGGAAGUGACCAGGUACUGCAAUGAGGCGGUGACGGGUGUGGUGCAGUCCUCCUCUCCAGCAGUAAUUAGUGUGAAGCGGUGCAGGCGGAGCCUUAGGCCCCAAAGGCCUGGGUCUGAGAGGCCUUAGAAAUGCAGGUUCGGGGGCCUCUCCCAGCCUUCAGACGCCAACUCGGGCGAUGGGGCUGGACUCUGGGCUUUCAGAAGGCCAGGGUGACCCUAAUGUGUCAGCGGCUGACUCAGGAGCCCCCGGGUGCCACUGCUGUUCUCAAAGCCUUCCGAGACUCAGCAGAGUCUCUUAGCAGCCCAGGUGCCAGCAGCAGUCAGGGCCACCCCUGGGUAUCUGCCUUGGCCGCAGGCGCCGGUGACCACACUCCUGUUCCAACUAAAGUGCUAAAAUCCCCCAGACCGCCUCAUCUGUUUUGAAAUGGUAAUAAUAGCUGUGUGUAUGUGUUUGGGUUAUGUUUGUUAUUUAUUUAAAUGAGCCUGUGUGCUCCCUGGCACGGGCAACAUGCUCUGUCCACCCAUGGUGAUCCCGGGUUGGGUGUAGGGCCUGUGUGCCUGGCAAGAGGGCAUUUUCUGUUUCUUUAAAACCCUUCUGUGCUUCUGUAUGGGGACGGCGAGUUCGAUGUCGCUGAUUCGGGUUGAGACCGGCACUCUGUGGAACCUUGCAAUGAGGCCAAAGCAGAUGAGAAAUAAAAAUCCUUUUUAUAUUCUUA